AGAGGGGCAUCUUCAGUCUUCCAUCUUUGUGCGGGGAGGCUCGUACUGAACUGCCGUGUGGAGCAACAAAACACUGCAGGCUUACGAUCUAAAAACAAAGACCUGAUAGAUCGUCGCUGCUUUCAGUUCCAAGAGCUCGACAACAUGUACUUUAACCGCGGUUACCCUGUCAUCGCUUGCUACGUCCUGGUCGCUUUGGUUCUGGGUAUAGAAGAUGGCCCAGAUCGCCCAGUUAUCGGAGCUCCGGGAUCGCCGGUCCGUCUGUCGGAAUCAGACCCGGGGGUCAUGAAAGCAGUGAAAUUUGCCGAGGAACGAUAUAAUAUGGGAUCCAACACGAUGCACAUACGCCGUGUUAGCAAAAUCCUUUCGGCCAGUAAACAGCUGGUGAAAGGUAUUCGGUACAGUAUUAUGGUAGAGAUUGGAAGCACUCAGUGUAAGAAAUCCCUAGAGCUGAGCACUGUGGACAACUGUGAUUUUUUCCAAGAGCCCCACAAACAGAAGACGGAGGUUUGUUUGUUUGAGGUUUGGGACAUUCCCUGGGAAAAUAAAUCCACCCUACUUAAACAGAAAUGCGAGCCUGCGGUUUCAAAGGAGCUCAAAAAGGUUGCAUCUGUACCCCUAACCCAUGGCAAACCCAUGAAGGAAACUGUGGAGCUUCUGACCCUGUUUAAAAACUUUAUGAUCACAUAUAACCGAACAUACAGCUCCCAAGAAGAGGCAGAGAAGCGUUUGCGCAUUUUCCAGGAGAAUAUGAAAACGGCACAAACGCUACAAUCCCUGGAACAGGGGUCAGCUGAGUAUGGGGUCACCAAAUUCAGUGACCUCACAGAGGAUGAGUUCAGAAUGAUGUACCUGAACCCAAUGCUGAGUCAGUGGACUUUGAAGAAGGAGAUGAAGCCAGCAACCCCGGCCAGUAAGGCCGCUCCUGACAGCUGGGACUGGAGGGACCACGGGGCGGUCAGCCCUGUAAAGAAUCAGGGCAUGUGUGGCUCUUGCUGGGCAUUUUCUGUGACUGGAAACAUCGAGGGACAGUGGUUCAAGAAAACUGGACAGCUGCUUUCCCUGUCUGAGCAGGAAUUAGUGGACUGCGAUAGGCUGGACCAAGCAUGUGGAGGUGGGCUGCCAUCUAACGCUUAUGAAGCCAUUGAGAAGCUUGGAGGUCUUGAGACAGAAACAGACUACAGCUAUACAGGACACAAGCAGAGCUGUAAUUUCUCUACAGGGAAGGUGGCUGCCUACAUUAACAACUCUGUAGAGCUGCCCAACGAUGAAAACGAGAUUGCUGCUUGGUUGGCUGAGAAUGGUCCAGUGUCUGCUGCCCUCAAUGCUUUUGCCAUGCAGUUCUACAGAAAGGGAGUGUCUCAUCCUCUAAAAAUCUUCUGCAACCCCUGGAUGAUUGAUCAUGCUGUGCUGCUCGUGGGAUUUGGACAACGUAAUGGCGUUCCAUUCUGGGCCAUCAAAAACAGCUGGGGAGAGGACUAUGGAGAGCAGGGUUACUAUUACCUGUACAGAGGAUCCAGACUGUGUGGAAUCAACAAGAUGUGCUCAUCUGCAAUUGUGAAUUAGACGCACACACACACACACACACACACACACACACAAAAAGCAUGGAUACAGAAACAUUUCACUCAUGAACAUGUGAUGGUUCUGUACAGAAGUUCGUCAUCAUGUGACCUGUGAACACAAUAGUGCAAAACACAUUCUUCUGAACAUAUUUUAUCCAUAUAAGCACAUAAUAAUUCUCAGUAGCUCAAAUAUGUGAAGUAUUUCUCUUGCGGUCGUGUACUUUAGUUAUCAGUCCUUCCUUUUGCUGUCACAAGCAUGCUAGACAGCCAUUCCAUUCAGAAUAGCUGAAUUUAACAUACAUUACCUCAGAUCCACAUGUGCAGUGAUGACACAGCAAAUAACCAAAUAGCAAAGGAGGACAAGAUAACAGCACAUUGUUUACCAUGAUACUGAUACAAACAUUACAUGUGUUGUGAUUUUAGAUAGGCAGUUUAGUUAAAUAUUUUGUGUUUUACUUUAGUUUUGUUAUUCUGUAUUUAAUUAUAUAACUUAAUUUAAUUCCAAAACACUGAAUUGAGCUUUGUGUGGUUUACUUUUAACUCUGCUGAAUAGAUUAGCAAUUAACAAUUUUUAACAGUGCAUUUUAGAUUUCUGAGUGCAUUUUACAGAAUAUUUUUGAGCUACUAGUCUUCGAAACUACAUUUUGACACUAUGAAUUUCCACAGUAUAUUGUGAUCAUUCCGUUAAUGUAAGCGUGGCUCUUUUUACCCACACAUCUUCCUUAUUUUUGAGCUUAUUUGGAUGCAUGGGAAAAAGUUGCUAAUGCUUCUUCCAAACGCACAAUGGAAGAUUUGAGGUUUGAUUUGUGGUAGAAAAGAUGAAUCUCUCAGUUGCUGCACUGUACUGUUCAAACCAGCUGUAUCUCAAAUGCAUUAUCAAACUUGUAUUGCUGAAUAAACUCCAAAAUGUG